CGUGAGUCAAUGAGUCAGAACUGUUGGACAAACUUGUCAGUUCACCGGACAGCCUGGCCUGCAGCCUACUAAACAUGAUUCUAUUUCAUCAACGUGUUGUAUUCAAUGAAACUUCUUCUGCCACUUCUUUUUGGUCGGAUUGUUUGAUUACACUCAAGUAAGGUGGUUUUGGAUAAGCAACCUAAUGGAAUAUCUCCCAGGAGUCGCACUUUCAGGAGAGGUUGAACAAGUGGAUGGAAAGCGGGACACCCUCAGCCAGCGCGGCUCAUAAUGGAUGAAACAUUGUCUAUAAAGGGGAAUACAAAUAACUGCAAGCCUCUUUAAAGAGGGAAGACCUGCAAGAUUGACAGAACCUAUUAAGGAGCCAUCUGUAAAAGCACAUCAAGACACAGACGCAUCCAAGAAUGAGGAUCAAAUACACAAUACCCAUUGUCUUCUUUUUGGCCCUCGUUAUCAUUGAGAAAGAAAACAAGAUUAUCUCAAGGGUGUCAGAUAAGCUCGCCUUGAAGCAGACUCCCCAGACCCCUCUGCAGCCCCGUGGUUUCUCCCCCUUACUGCUGAAGCAGAAUGUUUCCUUAUCCCCCCCCAGCAAGGACUUCUUGCUGAUGAAGCGUCGCCUGGAGAACUACAGUGUGCACAAGAAGGUGAGGAAACCGGGCCGGAAGCACAUUCUCCUGCUGGCGACCACCAGGACGGGCUCCUCGUUCGUCGGCGAGUUUUUCAACCAGCAUGGCGACGACAUGUUUUACCUGUUUGAGCCGCUGUGGCACGUGGAGAAGAUGUUGGCCCUGGAGACUGGCGGCACCAACGCUACGGCGGCCACCAAGGCGUACCGCGACGUGCUGCAGCAGCUCUUCCUGUGUGACUUCUCCCUGCUGGAGAGCUUCAUCGACCCCCUCCCAACGGACCACAUCACCACCUCCCUCUUCCGCAGGGAGUCUAGCAGCUCUCUGUGUGAGGAAUCCGUCUGUGGUCCUGUCAUCAAAGGCGUCUUCGAGCGCUACCAUUGCAGAACCAGGCGGUGCGGGCCGCUGAACCUGACCAUGGCGUCCAUGUCCUGUCUCCAAAAGGCGCACAGCGUCAUCAAGUCGGUCAGGGUGCGCCAGCUGGAGAACCUCCGUCCUCUCGCCGAGGACCCACGGCUCAACAUCAGAUUCAUCCAGCUGGUUCGGGAUCCUCGGGCUGUGCUGGCCUCGCGAAUGGUGGCCUUUGCCGCCAGAUACAAGAAUUGGAAGGAGUGGGCCAUGGGUGGGGACGUUCCCAUUGACGACGAUGAGGUGAGGAAGCUGAAAAGCAACUGUGAUAACAUCAGGCUGUCGGCUGAGGUGGGCCUCAGGCAGCCCCCUUGGCUGCGUGGUCGUUACAUGCUGGUGCGGUAUGAGGACAUCGCUCGGUUCCCCAUGAGGAAAGCGGCGGAGAUGUACAAGUUUUCUGGAAUCCCCUUCACUCCACAGGUAAAGUCCUGGAUUCUGAAGAACACCCAGGCUUCGAAAGAGACCAGCGGCGUUUACUCAACGCAAAAAAACUCUUCAGAACAAGUAGAAAAAUGGAGGUUCAGUUUGCCAUUCAAAAUAGCCCAGGUUGUACAGAGAGUGUGUGGGCCGACACUGAAGCUCUUUGGGUACAAGUUCGUCAGCAGUGAAAAGAUGCUGACAAACAAGUCAGUUAGUCUGAUUGAGGAUAAAGUUUUUAAAUUUUACAGACUGAAACAAAGUUGAACUCCCAAUAUGAACACAGGAAAAAUCCGCCAUAUUUAAACCUUCAGCCUUUUUUAAA